CCAUAGAAAGCGUUGCAGUUCACCUGAGAUCGUAGUUAGAAACAAGAAAAAAAAAUGUUGCGGUUUUUAGUUGUUGGAGCGCUAAUCGCUCUUUCUUCGGCACAAUUUCAGCCACAACCAAGCGGAAAAAUUUUAGUGCCACCUGAACCAAAACUUUGUGCUCAAAGACAAAUUCACGCGAGAUAUAAUUCAAAGGGCUAUUACUUCUCAUGGGCCGAUCCACGAACACAGGGACAAGAAUCCGAUUGGCUUACGGCUAGAAACUUUUGCAGAGAACGUUGCAUGGAUCUUGUUUCUUUGGAAACUUCAAAUGAAAAUGAAUUCAUCAAGAAACAUAUUGUAAACAAUAACGUUAAGUACAUCUGGACUUCCGGUCGUCUUUGUGACUUCAAAGGAUGCGACAGACCCGAUCUUCUUCCAUCCAAUAUUAACGGUUGGUUCUGGACCGCUGAACUUCAAAAAUUGGCACCAUCCAAUGUUCGCCAUCAAAACGAUUGGUCUGCAAGUGGAGGAAUUGGACGACCUCAGCCUGAUAAUCGUGAAGCAAUUCAAGGAGGAGCACCCGAAAAUUGUCUCGCGAUUCUUAAUCAAUUUUACAAUGACGGUGUUAAUUGGCACGAUGUUGCUUGUCAUCAUAAAAAACCAUGGGUUUGUGAAGAAAAUGACGCACUCUUGAAAUAUGUUCGUUACAACAAUCCCAAUUUACGUGUUUAAAAGUUUUAAUUAAUUUUUUUUUAAAAACUUAAUUAAGACUGCGUUAUUAAUGACAUUUUUUUUCAAACAAUUUCUUUUUUUUGUUUUGUAAAAGAAUUUUUAUUGUUUUUUAUUUUUAGAUGAGUUCAAAUUUUUCAUUUAAGCUAAGUGACUGAGUAGUUGUGUACAAAUAAUGUAUUUAUUGCAAAAGGUGGACAUCGAUAAUUUGUUUGUUUUUUUUAUUAUUAUCGUCUGUUAAUGUGUGUUUCCUUUUUUUUUUCAAGUAACUGAAUUAUUAUUAGAGAAUAUAACAGUCAAUUAAAUGAACUAUUUAUGUUGUAUGAAUGCUGUACUGAAUUCUACUCUUCAGAAUGAUUUUUCUUUAUUAGUAAAUAUUUUUUCUUCUUUAAGAAA